CAUCCCUUAUUGACCAUGGUGUAUCCUGCUGAACUGACUCUACAUUGCCCAUGUUCUGCUGCUGGCCAAGGAGAUCCGCUAUCUCUUCCAUGUUCCACGAAGUGAACACUACUGAUACGAUCGUGACAGGAAGUAUGACCUCAUUCUGCUGCCCUGCCUCUGGUUAAGAAGGCUGAUUUUGAAAGUAAACAAGGGCUGGGAGGCUGACUCUCCCAAGAAUGACAAGUUAUUCUAUUCUGGGCAGCAGCUGAAAGAUCGAGAGGCCACCAAGGAAACAAACCGGGCUGUGGAUGCCUACAUGCAGCGGGGAUGUGGGCAGUUUCCACCAGAAGAGAAGACGGGAUUCCCUUUGUGAAGUAACUUCUGCACCUGCUGACAUUCUGACGGGACUGUCAGCUGGAGAAUUGCUGGGUCCAGAUUUCUGAACUGCCAGCCACGAAAAGCUUCGUAUUUCAGGGAUCAUCCUGUCAUUUAUCAGUUGGAAGAAGAGCCUGGGGACUCCCUGUGGAGGAAUAUGUAUGAGCGAGCUAUGUUUCAGAACAGAUGCAUUGCUUUGGUGAACUGAAAAAAAAUCUGUGAAGUUUGAACAAGCGGCCUUCUCAAGAUGUACCGAGCCUCUCAACUGACGUCGACACCAGUAGCAAAUUCCUCCAGGUCACACAGAGGACACUCUGGAGAACUGUCGCCCACCUGCAUUUUCCCAAGCUUUGGUUGUGACUUCCUGGAUGGAGAAGUUUCUUUUGAAUGCUGCUCCAUAGACCCCCUGACAGGAUCUCACUAUGUCUGCCGCAGAAGCCCCCGACUCCUCACCAAUGGCUACUACAUUUGGACUGAGGACAGCUUCCUCUGUGACCCAGAUGGCCACAUCACCCUGAACCCCUCCCACACGAGUGUUAUGUACAAGGAGAACUUAGUUAGAAUAUUUAGAAAGAAAAAGAGAACCCCCCGUUCUCUUUCUUCUCUCUUGGACCUCAGAGCCUCCAAGUCUUGGCUGCAUGGAAGCAUCUUUGGAGAUGCUGACUCACCUCCAAGUGAGGACAUUUGGCUGGAGGGCAUCAGGAGCCUGGGAAGUGAUUUGGACUACUCUCUGAGUGAUGGCUGGGAUUCUCAGAAGUCAAACACAGACACCCCAGAAACCCCCUCUCCUGGCCACAUCCUGUCUCAGCAGCAUCUCAGAGAAAGCUCCAGGAAUAACUCUCUUCAGCCUCCGUUGAAAGCAUCAGGACACUUCCAAAAGAACCCUUUGGUGCAUUCAAAAGCCGGUCUGAUGCUCAAGGCCUCCUUUCAGGCCAUCCUGCUGGCGGUGUGCUUAAUCAUUUCUGCAUGUGCAAGGUGGUUUAUGGGAGGAGAAUUAGCUAGCAUCUUUACCUGUGCAUUGAUGAUCACAAUAGCUUACAUUAUGAAACCGCUGUUUCUCAGCCUUGCUGGCUAUUUCAAAGCCACCACCUGUGCUAAAUUUGACAGUCCUUGAGGAAUACUGGUGAUGAAUGUCUUGGACCUGAAUAUCUGGAAACAGUAAUUUGUAGUCUUCUUGGAAUGAAUACACCAUUUUAUUGGAAGGGAAUGAGCAAAUGGAUAACUGAGGAAAAAAACUUUUAUUUGACCAUGUAAUUUCUUCCUAAAAUCUCAAUUUCCACAUGCAAUAGUAAUUGGUUCAUGACAUUAAUAUUGAAUUUCUUUUCUUUCACGAACAUUGUCAGUUGAAACAGAAGGGACAGGGGAAGUGACAGAGCACAGACCACCUGGAGUGAUGCUCCCCUAGUUAUCCUGAAGGUGGUGGACCUCAAAUAUUAAUUUUAAUUAGAGAAAUCUGUGAGUGACUUGGAACAUGAAUAUCUCUGGUCUACCAGCAUGCAGCUAUGCUUUGCUGACCCACUUUAACUAGACAAUGCAAACAAGCUUAUAUAAUUAAUACAUGUUGCAUAGGAAAUAGACAAAGUUUGUACACAUGAUACAAUGUUGCAAACAUCCAUCCCCAUGUGAUGUGACGCCAUCCACCUUGAAAUCACCACUAAGAUGAAGCAGAUGCAUUUGAACCUCCAGAGCUGUGAGUCAAAUGAGUCAUUUUUCAUUACUAAGUAUUCUGCCUUGGGUAUUCCAAUAUAGUAAUGGAAAACGAACUAAGAGAGUAGCUCAUCACUGAUGGAAAAUGAGGAGGAGAGAGCUUUUUUUAAUAUGAAUUCUUCUCUUGAAUGAUUUUCCUUACUAAGUUUUUAAAAAUUUUCUGGGGAGUAAUGAUCAUCUUCCUUUCAAAUUGUGAUUAAAAUAUGCUGCAUAAAAGAUAAAGGAAAAAUAAGAGUGUUUGAAAACACAAAAAAAUGGUAAAACUCUGUAACUGGCUGAAGAACUAUAGAAGACACUUACUAGUCUUACCUCUCACCAAGAAAUCUCAGCUGUGCCCUAAUGAGAAUGCUCUCCUCUGUAUCCUCUGGUGAGAAACUUCUGUGUAGAGAAUGAUAUGUUUUAAAGUGAUAAUGCCAAAUUAACUGUUUUUAUAUCUGUGGUUAAUAAUCACUGUCAUCUUGUCUGUAUUCAGUGUCAUCCCUGAGACACACACAGGUAGAUAUGUCUAUGUGGUUGUUUCUGUUAGGCUGAAGAGAGAAGACUCCCCAUGAACAUGGGUACCAGCAUCCCAUGGGCUGGUGUCAGGGACUGAAUGAAAUAGAGCCGGGGAGAAAGGGAGCUGAGUACCAGCAUCCAUCUCUCUCUCUUUCAUGACUGUGGGUACAAUGUGACCAGUUACCCAGGCUUCUGCCCCUUGCCUUCCCAUCAUGAUGGACUGUAUCCCUGUCAACUGUGAGUCAAAUAAACCUUUCCUUUCUCAA